GGUCUCUGGUAAGUAGUUUGAUGGCGUUUGCGCAUGCGCUAAUGAGGACCGUUAACUGUCAGUGUUCCAGCUGAGCGAGAGAAGAGAGACAAGAACCGAAGUGGAGACUUUUCCCGGUACCAGACUAGUUUUAACUUGUUCGUGUCAUUCCUGUGGUGUGGAAAAGAAAGAUUAACAGUUGAAGGAUAGCAAACUUUCUCCGUGUGUGCGUCCAGAACUGGAUCCGGCGUCUAAAUAGCUGAGAAGUGACAGCGAAACAAGACGAGGACGGGGCAGGGCAAACUCACCGUUUUCCCCAGAUUUCCAUUUGCACUCUCUGGAUGAUUUGUGCAGAGUCAAGGUUGUAAUCAUGGGGAACCAGGGGAUGCAGGAGCUCAUUCCGCUGGUGAACAGACUCCAUGAGGCGUUCGGUGUCCUCGGCCGGAGCUGUAGUCUGGAGCUGCCGCAGAUCGCCGUGGUAGGAGGACAGAGUGCGGGCAAGUCCUCCGUCCUCGAGAACUUCGUAGGCAGGGAUUUCUUACCAAGAGGCUCAGGGAUUGUCACUCGAAGACCACUUGUGUUACAGCUAAUCAGCUCCAGCUCAGAGUAUGCCGAGUUUCUGCACUGUAAAGGGAAGAAGUUUACGAACUUUGCUGAGGUUCGACAAGAGAUUGAAGCAGAGACAGACAGAGGUACAGGAGCCAAUAAGGGCAUUUCCUCCAUUCCCAUCAACCUACGUGUGUACUCACCAAAUGUACUCAACCUGACUCUAGUAGAUUUGCCGGGCAUCACUAAGGUUCCAGUAGGGGAUCAGCCUCCAGACAUCGAAUACCAGAUCAGAGACAUGAUCAUGCAGUACAUUUGCCGGGAAAACUGCCUCAUCCUGGCUGUCACACCCGCAAACAUGGACCUGGCCAACUCAGACGCGCUCAAACUGGCCAAAGAUGUCGACCCACAAGGUCAGAGGACCAUCGGCGUCAUCACUAAACUAGAUUUGAUGGACGAUGGGACAGAUGCCAGAGAUGUGCUGGAGAACAGGGUACUACCCUUACGUAGAGGUUACAUUGGAGUGGUGAAUCGCAGUCAGAAGGACAUUGAGGGAAAGAAGGACAUCGGCGCGGCUAUUGCUGCGGAGCGGGUGUUUUUCCUGUCUCAUCCAGCUUACAAGCACAUGGCCGACCACAUGGGCACACCUUACCUGCAGAGGGUUCUCAACCAACAACUGACCAAUCACAUCCGGGACACACUGCCGGAGUUCCGUAACCGGCUGAUGUCUCAGCUAUUCUCACUGGAUAAAGAGGCUGAGGAAUACAGACACACGGACCCUGAUGACCACUCACGCAAGACCAAAGCACUGAUGCAGCUAAUCCAGCACUUUGGACUGGACUUUGAAAAGAUGAUUGAGGGCUCUGGUGACCAAGUAGACACCGUUCAGCUCUCAGGAGGAGCCAAAAUCAAUCGCAUCUUUCAUGAGCGCUUUCCCUGUGAGCUAGUUCAGAUGGAGUUUGAUGAGAAAGAGUUGCGGCGUGAGAUAAGCUAUGCCAUCAAGAAUAUUCACGGGAUCAGGACAGGCUUGUUCACUCCUGACCUGGCGUUUGAGGCCAUUGUUAAGAAGGAGAUAGUGAAGCUCAAAGGGCCGUGUAUUAAAUGUGUUGAUAUGGUCAUCCAGGAGCUCAUAGCCACAGUGCGGCAGUGCAUCAGCAAGUUAAGGACCUUUCCGAAGCUCCAGGAAGAGACAGAGAGAAUAGUGACCACACACAUUCAGAAGCAAGAGAGUCAAACCAAAGACCAGAUUUUCCUUUCAAUAAACAUUCAGCUUUCCUACAUCAACACCAAUCAUGAAGACUUUAUCGGAUUCGUCAAUGCGCAACAGAGAAAUAAUCAGAUCACUAAAAAGGCCUCCACAUGGAACCAGGGUGCUGCACCUCCACCUCCCAGUCAAAUUGUGAUCCAAAAAGGCUGGCUGACCAUCAACAACCUUAGUUUGAUGAAGGGAGGGGCCAGAGAGUACUGGUUCCUGCUGACUGCAGAGAGCCUCUCCUGGUUUAAAGAUGACGAGGAGAAGGAGAAGAAGUACAUGCUGCCUCUGGACAACCUGAGAGUGCGCUAUGUGGAGAAGACCUUCAUGUCCAGCAAACAUGUCUUUUCCAUCUUUAACAUAGAGCAGAGGAACGUAUAUAAGGACUACAGGCAUCUGGAGCUCGCCUGUGACACGCAGGAGGAGGCAGAGAGCUGGAAGGCCUCACUGCUGCGUGCUGGAGUCUAUCCUGAGAAAACAACAGCGGAUGGUGAAAGCUCAGUGCUGGAUGAGAACUUAUCCAUGGACCCACAGCUGGAGAGGCAAGUGGAGACCAUCCGCAACCUGGUGGACUCGUACAUGAGCAUCGUCUACAAGUGCAUCCGAGACCUGAUUCCCAAAACCAUCAUGCACUUGAUGAUCAACAACGUGAAAGAGUUUAUCCACUCAGAGCUGCUGGCUCAGCUCUACUCUUCAGGAGACCAUUCGGGUUUGAUGAACGAGUCUCCAGAGCAGGCUGUGCACAGAGAGCACGUGUUGCGGACUCACUCAGCCCUGAAAGAGGCGUUGUCCAUUCUCAGCGAGAUCUCCACCUCUACCCUGUCCACCUUGCUCUCAGCCCCUGUAGACGGUCCCAAGCUACAAUCCAGCAUCAUUAACCGCAGAUCUCCAUCAAUCCUCUAUGCUCCUAAGAAGACUUUGUCUUGUCCUGGUGCUCCGACUCGUGCUCCUGCUCCUCCUGCCCCUCCUGCUACUCCUGUUCUUCUUCUCCCAUCUCGUUCUGCUCCUUCUGUCCCCAAAGGCCUGAAGAAGAAAGACUCCACUCAGACACUGACACGCCCCAACCGAUCAGCUCCCAGCAUUCCCAGGAGACAGCCACCAGCAGUGCCUUCCCAAAAGCCGCACGAGCAUGAGAGACUCCCAAAUACAAAAGGGACAAGGACUCAGUGAGAACUCUAUCACUUCUGCCAAAAACGUACUAAGUGGUCGGCCCAAAUUCUUCUGAAGUCUACCACAUCUAAUGCCACACCCUUACUCUUAAACAUGGUUCUUGAUGAGCUGAGAUGAACUACAGUUUGAGGUCAUGAGUUUACUUUUUUUUUUUAAAUCAAUAAGAGAGGUAAUAAAAAUAGUAUUUUUUAAGUUUAGUACUGGCCUGAAUAAUCUCUUUCACAUAACAGAUGUUUGCAGUAUAUAUAAUCCACAAGACACAAUAAUAACUGAAUUUACACAAAUGAACCAGUUCAAAAGUUUACACACGCUCAAUUCUUAAUACUGUGUGUCGUUACCUUUACAAUAACGAUUUACACCGAUCUUUCUGUUCAAAAGUUUACACCCCCCUGACUCUUAAUGUAUCGUGUUGCCUUCUUGAGCAUCAGUGAAUGUUUGCACCUUUUGUAAUAGUCGUGUACGAGUCCCUCAGUCGUCCUCGCUGUUGGAAAGGGGUCAAAUAUGCAGAAGAUGCUGGAGAAGUAAGCGAUGUGCAGGACCUGGAGGAUUUUUCUGAAGAAAAGUGGGCGGUUUAACUGCUCAGGACAAACAAGGGACUCAUGAACAACUCUCACAAAACAUAAACACAUCAUGUCGUUGAUCCUCCAGGUAACGACACACAGUAUUAAGAAUCGAGCGUGUGUAAACUUUAGAACGGGUUCAUUUGUGUAAAUUCAGUUAUUAUUGUGUCUUGUGGACUAUAUGUAAACAUCUGUUAUGUGAAAUAGCGUAUUCAGGGCAGAAAUAAAUAAAACACAACAAAAUCAUCCCUCUUUUUUAUUUAUUUUAAUUUUAUUUUAAUUAUUAACAUUUUGCAGAUUCAGCGACGCGUAUGCAAAUUUAUGACCUCAACUGUACAAAUGAACUCUAAUCAGGCGAGUGAAUGUGAUUGGUGAGCAAUAUUCUGCAGUAUGUUUUAUUCACUAUGUUGUUUAUUCUACACAGUCAGGCUUACUGAAGCCUGCCCCUGCCUCUUGUGCAUAAAAGUCUUCAUCUGUUCGCUUUAUGUGUUGAAUAUACUGUUGUGCGCAUGUGUUUGGGAGAGAAUGUGUGAGAGUGUAUGUUUAAAGUGCUCAGUUUUGUAAAUAACGCCAGAGCUUAUUAAAAAGGAACAUGUUAUACAUGUA